UACUCUGGCGCGAAGGGGAAUUUUGGAAAGGAAAUCGAAAGUAAAAGAACCGUUCCGAUGUAUUGUAUUUGCGGACCGAGAACAGGUCUUAUGAGGUUGGUUCAUCCAAAAGCGCACCAUGCAUACCGGUGUUUCAUACACAGCCGCAGUCUGCUUUGACGCAGCUUUAUUUUACCUUCUGGGCUGUGGAGCUGCUCCGUUGCUCCCUGUAUUUGGCAGUAACGAUGUCGCAGGACUGCUGGCGUUUCUGUGGUCGGCGGCUGCGAUCAGAUGGGGGCUGAUCUGCAGCCUGUGGCUCCCCACCGUGGAUCAGACCUCCAGACCAGUAAUGAGGCGCUGGGCGGCGGUUCACUGCUUCCUCGGCUCGGUCUAUGAGAGCUGCCGGCUAGCGGCGUUCGGGGGUCCGCUGGAGACGGGGAUCAGCCCGGUGGGCAGUCCGGGAUUCACAUUUUUAACCUCCAUAGCAGCCGCUGCUGCCUGUAUGUUUUGGGAGGUCGCGUUCCCUGACACAAACGGGGAAGACAAUGGAAAAGGUAAAAAGCAGAAAGCACGUGUGUUAUUCAUGAGAGUGAUCAGCUUCUAUAAACCUGACUACCUGCUUCUUCUGGGUGCCUUCGUCUUCCUCUCCUUGGCUGUUCUGUGUGAAAUGUUUAUUCCCUAUUACACUGGGAAGGUAAUUGACAUCCUUGGAGCUCAGUAUCACUUGCACGACUUCCUGACAGCGAUCUUCUUCAUGGGACUCUUUUCAAUCGGCAGCUCGCUCUCCUCAGGCUGCCGUGGGGGUCUCUUCAUGUGCGCCAUCAAUGGCUUCACCAGCAGAAUGAAAGUCAAACUCUUCGGUUCCCUGGUGCGUCAGGAGAUUGGCUUCUUCGAAUCAACUAAAACUGGGGACAUCACAUCCAGGCUGUCCAUGGACACCACUCUAAUGGCACGCACGGUGGCCCUGAACGUCAACGUCCUGCUGAGGACCUUGAUCAAGACGCUGGGCAUGCUGUCUCUGAUGUUCAGCCUGUCCUGGAAGUUGACUGUGCUCAUGCUUAUGGAAACACCGAUCACUGGCCUUCUGCAGAACAUCCAUGACACAUACUACCAGAGGUUGUCUAAGGAGGUGCAGGACUCCAUAGCCAGGGGGAACGAUGCGGCGGGCGAGGCGGUGGCGGGCAUUAGGACCGUGAGGAGCUUCAGUGCAGAGCAGAGAGAGGCCACUCGCUAUGGCGACAAGCUCAUGGACACCCACAGCCUGAAGACGCGCAGGGACACUGUCAGAGCCGUAUACCUGCUGCUACGAAGGCUGACAGAGCUGGGCAUGCAGGUUGCCAUGCUGUAUUACGGUAGAAGGUUCAUCCAGUCUGGCCAGAUGAGCACUGGAAACUUAGUGUCCUUCAUCCUCUACCAGACAGACCUGGGACAGAACAUCAGGACGCUGAUUUACAUGUUUGGUGACAUGCUGAAUUCGGUGAGUGCAGCUGGCAAGGUGUUUGAGUACCUGGACAGGAAGCCCCAGGUGAGCACCGACGGGACCCUGCAGCCGGACACCCUGACGGGACACGUCCAGCUCUGCAACCUCACCUUCUCCUACCCCACCCGCCCUGACGAACCUGCCCUGCAGGGUCUCUCCCUGGAGCUGAAGCCUGGGCAGGUGACUGCGCUGGUGGGGCCUUCCGGUGGGGGGAAGACCACCUGUGUGAGUCUCCUGGAGGGAUUCUACCAGCCGCAGGGGGGGGAGAUUCUGCUGGACGGGCAGCCGCUGCACAGCUACCAGCACAAAUACCUGCACAGCAAGGUAGCGAUGGUCGGUCAGGACCCAGUGCUCUUCUCGGGCUCCGUCAGAGACAACAUCGCCUACGGCCUGAAAGACUGCCCCCUGGAGGUGGUGCAGAAGGCUGCGCAGAGAGCCAACGCUCACGGCUUCAUCAGUCAGCUGGAGCACGGCUAUGACACAGGUACGCAGUCAGUGGCGGAGCCAGGAAAUUUUCUGUGGGGUGGCCAGGAUGAUUAUGUGAUCAUUUUGGGGGUGGCCACGGCNNNNCUGGACGCGGAGAGCGAGCACGCGAUCCAGCAGGCCUUGGCUGACCGCCCCUCCCAGACCCUGCUGAUUAUUGCUCAUCGGCUGAAGACAGUGGAGAGGGCAGAUCAGAUCAUUUUGAUUGAUAAGGGGGCCGUAUUGGAGCGGGGGACUCACCAGGAGCUGAUGGACAAGAGGGGGAGUUACUUCAGGCUCAGAGAGAAGAUCUUUACUGAGAAUGGAGAACAGCACUAACCUCAAUAACUACUGAACGCUACACUGAGAAGGCACCUUUACAGCCAUACACACAGACUCUCAAUAUAAUUAAACAUUCAGAGUCAGUCAAAAAAAAUUGAACAGUUUGAAAAAGGAAGAUUAAGGAAAGCUGAAUGUUUUGACAUGGCCUGCAGUCACCGGACCUUAACACCACUGAGCUGUUUAAGGAUUAAAUGGAUAGAAAGGUCAAGGCUACACAGCCAAUGAGUUCAGAUCAUUUACCCUGUUUUUAUUACAUAGCUUGUCAUUUGUUUGUUUCCAUUAAUUGCCAUUCUGUACCUGUUUUCUUUUGUGGCACUGAGCUUAAACAUAGGAAACUCCAACUGUUCAAAAUAAUUUUUCUGGGUGUAUAGAAAUUCAUAAUGAUUCUUUACAACUCAGUCAUGCAAAGCAGAAAAAAUGUUGUAUGCCGAUGUAAUUUUAUUGUUUGUAUCUAUGUAGAAAUAAAUGUACAUAUUUUAAUUAUUUUAAA